AUGCUCCUUCCCGCUUUGAUGCUGCUCCCAAUGGCGGUAGCCAGCCUUAUACCCAGGGAAGUUCUUUUCUCUGAUCCUAAAUAUUCGUCUGUCUCUCUCACACCGGACGAGAACAAGGUGAAGAAUGUGUUUGUGAAAUGUAUUGAUUCUGAACACACUCGACAAGUGACUUUUGAGAAGAACAGAAAUGUUUUGGGUAAGAUUUACAUGGGUUUUCACAGUUCUUUUGAGAUAAAGAACUAUAACAAUGUAUACUCUUUCGACUUGCUGACUGAUUCGAUGACGCUGGUCAUGAAGGACAGUCGAUUCGACGGGGUGAUCGUCGAUAACGAUCCGAACAUACGUCUGGUCGUUGAGGAGCAGCAGGAUGGACCAUUGAUGUAUUUU